AUGUCGAAAAGGAUUACAGUGUUUUCUUUCUGGAUAAUUCCAGGCCUACUUUAUUCAUUCUUCAGCUCCGUCGUUGUGGCAGACAUUCGUUAUUCUGUCCCAGAGGAAUCAAAGACAACAUACGUAAUCGGAAGCUUAAGCAAAGAUCUUAAUCUGGAUGUUAAAGGUUUCAGAUCACGCAAAGCGAGACUGGAUUACCAGGGUGAAGCCCGUUAUUGUGGAGUGGACCUUGAUUCUGGACAUAUUGUUGUUUUGGAAAGAAUCGACCGAGAGGCGCUGUGUGGAACAACGACGUCUUGUGUUUUGCAUUUUGAAUUUAUUCUCGAAAAUCCUUUAGAGCUUCACAAUGUGAUUGUAGAGGUGCAGGACAUUAACGACAACACGCCCGUCUUCCCAAAGGACUCGAUCAAGCUUGAGAUUAGCGAGAUUGCUUUGAUUGGCAGCAAAUUUCAAAUCGCGAGAGCCAGAGAUCUCGAUGUGGGAGUAAAUUCAGUUCAAAAUUAUAUCCUCAGUCAAAACGUGCAUUUCGAUAUUGAUGCAAGAUCGAGUCAAGACAGGUAUGUGGACAUUAUUUUGAAAAGCAGCCUUGAUCGAGAGAAAAAAGCUGAACACUCUUUGAUGCUGACUGCCGUGGAUGGCGGAAAUCCACCUCGAUCUGGUUCCGUAGUUAUUCAAAUUUUGGUUCAGGAUGCCAACGAUAAUGCUCCGAUUUUUUCUCAGCCUCUAUAUAGGGCUCAAUUGUUUGAAAAUGCAGCUCCUGGGUCGUCCGUUAUUAAAAUAUUGGCGAUUGAUGAGGAUGAAGGAGUGAAUGGGCAAUUAGCGUAUUAUAUUAACCACCUCUCGGAGAGUACAAAAAAUAUACUUCAGAUUGAUGAAAAAAAUGGGGAGCUUUUGGUUAAAGGAAAACUGGACCAUGAAAUCGCAUCCUCGUAUGAGAUAGAAAUCCAGGCAGAAGAUGGCGGAGGACAAACAGGGCACUGCAAGGUGGUAAUUGAAAUACUGGAUGUUAACGAUAAUGCGCCGGUGAUAACAGUAAAAUCUUUUAUGAACCCAAUUCCAGAAAACAUCGCUGUUGGCUCAGAAGUCGGCAUAAUAAAUGUAAAGGACCAAGACUCUGGUGAAAAUAGCAGACUCAGUUGUUCUAUUCCCACUAAUUUACCAUUCAAAUUACAACCAUCGAUUAAGAACUAUUUCACAGUAAUUACUACAGCAUCAUUGGAUCGCGAGCAAAUCGAUGAGUAUAAUGUUACAAUCACAGCAUCUGAUGGAGGGACACCUUCUCUGUUCUCAACUACAAGCUUGAAUAUCAAAGUAGCAGACAUAAAUGACAAUUUUCCUGUAUUUGAGCAGCAAACAUACAGCGCACACAUAGCUGAAAAUAAUAAACCAGGAACCUCUAUUAGUUCUGUUAGUGCAAGAGACCCAGACUGGAGGCAGAACGGUACAGUGCUGUAUUCUCUGGUGCCCAGUGAGAUAAACGGUGUUGCAGUGUCCUCCUUUUUAUCCAUUAACUCAGAUUCAGGAGUGAUCCAUGCUGUGAGGUCAUUUGACUAUGAAAAGUUCAGAAACUUUAAAGUCCAGGUUGUAGCCAGAGACAAUGGUUCUCCUCCACUCAGCAGCAACGUGACUGUGAGUGUGUUCAUCUCAGAUGAGAAUGAUAACUCUCCACAGAUAUUAUACCCUGCUCCAGAGGGAAAGUCUUUCAUGACCGAGAUGGUCCCUAAAGCUGCUCUCUCUGGCUCUCUGGUCUCCAAAGUGAUUGCUGUGGAUGCCGACUCUGGACAGAAUGCGUGGCUGUCGUAUCAGAUUGUCAAAUCUACUGAUCCGGGACUUUUCACUAUCGGUGUCCAUAGUGGAGAGAUCAGGGCUCAGAGGGACAUUACUGACUCCGACAGCAUGAAGCAGAACCUCGUUAUCUCGGUGAAAGAUAACGGACAGCCACUUCUUUCUGCUACCUGUUCUGUAUAUUUACUUAUUUCUGAUAAUCUUGCUGAAGUUCCAGAACUCAAAGAGAUGUCUUAUGAGGAGAGCAAUUCCAAACUGACCUUUUAUUUGAUCAUUGCACUCGUUUCCGUGUCCACCUUCUUCCUGACCUUCAUUAUUCUGAUCCUGGCUGUGAGGUUUUGCCACAGGAGAAAGCCCAGACUGUUGUUUGAUGGAGCAGUCGCCAUUCCCAGCACGUAUCUCCCUCCCAACUAUGCAGAGGUGGAGGGAGCUGGAACUCUCUGCAGUUCUUACAAUUAUGACACGUAUCUAACAACAGGAUCACACACCAGUGACUUCAAGUUCAUCACAUCUUACAAUGACAGCACUCUGACUGCUGGUGAAACUCUGAAGAAGAGUCCAGAUGACUCUAAUAUGAUCAGUCUUUCACAAACAGGCGAAACCCUUGAGAACACCACGCGUCGCUACUUGCCCGCUGAGAUGAGAGAAAUCUCUUUCUCCUCCCUCUGA